AACGCUGACUAACGUUACUGCACGUGCAUAUCAAUUCAGAGCAGGCGCUGCGCAGAUCUACUGAUCUGUAUACCGUCUGUCUGGAUAGAAUUGUAGUGGAAACAGACGAUUAUAUUAGCAUAUCCAUACGAAAAGUAGUUUGUUUAUGUCAUUAGCGCUAACCCCCGAAACGUUAGCUAAAUAGUGAGGCAGGCACACUUGCAUAUUGCCCCGACUAAUUCUUGAAACCAGCUCCCUUUCCGAUUCCCUUCCCUUGUAAAAAUAUAAUGUCUUCGCUCCUCAAAGUGGACAAUGAAAUCAAAACUAAGGUUGACGCUUUCAGGGAGCGAAUCACAGCAGAGGCAGAGGAUUUGGUUGCAAAUUUUUUCCCAAAGAAGUUGUUAGAACUUGAUAAUUUCCUAAAGGAACCAGUUUUUAACAUCAGCGAGCUCAAGGAGAUCGGCUCUGAGAUCAACCUGACUGUGCCUGACCCUGUUCUCUUCACCAACAGCCAUGAUGGCCUGGAGCCACAAAAUGCUAAAAAGCGAAAAAUGGAAGAUGGAGCAAGAGACAGCUGCCCAGACAGCGCCAAGGUCUUGAUCAUGCCCGGGGCAAUGAUGAAGAGCAACAACCAUCUGGUGGACCUGAUUGACAGGGUCAAGCCUGAGAUUAGGACUCUGAUAGAGAAAUGCAAUACGGUCAAAAUGUGGGUUCAGUUGUUAAUCCCAAGAAUAGAGGAUGGAAAUAACUUUGGCGUAUCAAUUCAGGAGGAGACUGUUGCAGAACUCAGGACAGUGGAAGGCGAGGCAGCGUCUUACCUAGACCAGAUCUCCAGGUACUACAUUACAAGGGCAAAGCUAGUUUCCAAAAUUGGUAAAUACCCACAUGUGGAGGACUAUCGGUGCUCCGUGAAAGAGAUCGAUGAGAAAGAGUACAUCAGCCUCAAGGUCAUCGUGUCAGAGCUGAGGAAUCAAUACGUGGUGCUGCACGACAUGAUUCUGAAGAACAUUGAGAAAAUUAAGAAGCCGCGGAGCAGCAACUCUGAGGCCCUGUACUGAGACAC